AUGGCGUCAAAUGCUAUUGUUGAUUGCGGUGAUGACGGCCCCAGUUAUCAACCACGUGGCGUAGAACAUGUUUCUCCGAGUUCGGGAAAAAAGACAUACACUCCAAACUCACCACCCUCGAUGACUCCAGUCGUUGGCAUGGUUUUUGACACGGUAGAUGCUGCCUACAUUUUCUACAAAGCAUAUGCACAGACGGGUGGCUGGACUGUAAGGAAGGGAACGGAGCAUACCAAUCAUGGUGUUACAGUAAAUAAGUAUUUUGUAUGCUCAAAAGAGGGCCAUAAAGUUUUUAAACCUGUUGACACUUUAUCCGAUCAGCCUCCUAAAAGAUGGGUACGUAGGGUACCAUCAAAGAGGACUGGUUGCCAAGCGGAGUUUCGAAUAAAGUUGAACGAUGAUAAGAAGUAUGUGUUAUACUACUUUACAGAGGCGCACAACCACGCUUUCGUGCAUGAAGAAGAUCUCCACUUUCUCAGGGAAAAUAGAAGCCUCACCCGUUCGCACGAGGAUAUGAUAAAGAAGAUGUCCAACUUGAAUAUUGGACCGGUUCGAGCAUUCAACAUCAUGAAGGAGUUGUGUGGUGGUUUUGAUAAUGUCGGGGCGACCAAAUGUGACUUCAAAAAUUUUAAAAAAGAACUCAAUGUGUUUAUUGGUGAGUUUGAUGCCGAGAUGCUUGUCAAGCGGCUAACUAGGAAAAAAGAGUUUUUACCUAAUUUUACGUGUGAAUACCAAACUACUGAGGAAGGUGUCUUGAAGUGUCUGUUCUGGGCUGAUGAGGACAUGAAAAGAAAUUUUUAUAUGUUCGGUGAUGUUGUGUCCUUGAUGCCACGUACAAGCGAAACAAGUAAGUAUAACAUGAUGUUCGUCCCUUUCACUGGGAUUGACAAUCACAAUCGGAAUGUCACACUUGGUGCUUCUAUUAUUGGUCCCGAAACAGCUGAGACAUAUAGUUGGCUACUUAAUGUGUGUAAGGACGCAUUUGGAUAUGCACCACGAGUAAUUGUUACUGACCAAGACCCUGCGAUGAAGAGGGCUAUUGAGGAUGUUUGGCCUGAUUCAAGGCAUCGGUUAUGCAUGUGGCAUAUCAUGGAUAAACUUACCACAAAGGUUGGACCAACUAUUUGUGCAAACACCGAUUUCAGGAAAAGGUUGUCUGCAAUUGUCUGGACGGAUUCUUUAUUGCCUGAAGCCUUUGAGACCGAAUGGGCGGCUUCAUGGAUCCCAGCGUAUUAUCGUGAAGAAGAAAUGUCGGGUCUUAUGCGCACGUCUUCCCGAUCCGAAAGCGAGAACCAUUUCUUUGGUAAGAUUUGCAAUCCCAAGUGUACUUUGGUGGAGUUUCUCAGCCACUUCGACACGGCUGUUGAGGCCCAAAGGCACGAGCACCGUAAGAACGACCACGAUACCCGUUAUAGUUCGCCCGAUAUAUGGAAUCCUGAUUUUGUUCUUGAGAAACAAGCAUCCGAGACAUAUACCAGAACGAUUUUUUUUGAUGUUCAAUUGGAAAUUCAACACGGUAUUCACCGGUGUGCUAGCGUCAGAUUAGAGCAUAUUGCUGAUUUUAUCAAGUUUUAUGUCAAGGAUCUAGAUCAGCCAACAACUGCAUUUUAUGAGGUCAUGAUACGUGAGGAGGACGUUACAGUUAAAUGCAGCUGUAACAGGUUUGAGCAGUUUGGGCUAUUGUGCAGUCAUGUUUUUUGUGUUUUGAGGAUUCUUGAUGUAAGGGAGUUUCCUAGACAAUAUAUUUUGAGGCGGUGGACUCGCGAAGCAGUUCCAAAUAGUUCACCCGGGUCCAUCUUUACUGAUGGGGGCGAUCCAGAUCGGAGCGUUGAGGUCAACCAGUGCAUUCGUGAGAUUAGUAAUGUAACCGAGUAUGUUAUAAAUAAGUUGGUAUCCAAGUUUGACGAGAUGUGUAAUUUUCGUGACCACAUCAAGCAGUUUAUGUCAGUUGCUGAUGAUGCUCAGUUUGACGCCCCUCCUAAGUCAAGACGUAAUAGGUUGGCCGAACUACUUGGUGUUGCUCCUACGGAAACGGCGACUAUUCGUGUUCCUAUUGGUACUAGGUUUAAGGGCUGUGGAUCACAUAAACGCAUGAAAUCUAAAAAGGAGCAAGCUAUAAGUCAAGCUGGGAAGAAACGUAGGCGAUGUUCAAAGUGUAAGAAAUUUGGUCACAAUAAUCGCACAUGCGGAAAAUAUAAUGUGAAAGAAAAGGAUGCAAGCACUUCAAAGAAGGCUGAUGUUGGUGCUGAAGACGUAGAAGAUACUGAUGGAGAUGCUGGAACUAGCUCAGAUGAUGGGGAUGAUGUGUUUUACACAUCAGAAACAGCUGAAGAUGCAGAUGACGAACAGAUGCUGGAGUAG